AUGGCGGAGGAAUUCAAGAAACACAGUUUGAAGACUUUGAGUACUCGGAGUACGCCCCAUAUCAGACUUAACUCAGGCAACCAUGAGCCCUUUGUCGAUAUGGAAGAUGGAAGGCAACGGCUGAAGCACACAUUUUCAGCACGGUCUCGUCGAUCGCCCAUUACAGCGAUGAGGCUGACCCCUGGGAACGAACUGAUCUCCCCAUCACCCAUAUCCCCCACUGAAUCUUCAGAGCUGCUGUUUCCGCCUCCGAGAAAGGUGCGCUCUCGCGGAAGCCCAGAUCGAUCGAAAGCGCCAUCGAUAAUUUCCUAUCAUCGUAGCGAUAGUUGGGAUACGCACUCGGAAAUCAGCAGCCACGACAGUCGUGGGUAUCCAUAUGACCCAUUUGCAGAUUCCAGAGCGCCAUCUCACGCAAGCAGCGAUGACGACCAUGUCAAUACGCAGACAGUUUCGGAGAAGUACAACAUCAUGCCGACAGAGGCGCUGCUUUUAUUCCCGGAAGAUGUCGAGAAAGAUGAUUACCUGCAUAAUCCAGAUCCUGCAGACAGAGAACGUGAUUGCGACAUCUGCAAUCCAAGAGGAUUGUGUAAUGUGGGCGGUCUCGCACUUUUGAUUGUUGGAAUUAUCGCAUUGUUUAUCGUUUACCCUGUGACGACUUUUGUUGGCCAACUCUUUGAACACCAUCAGGAUCCAUGCGCGGAGGAUCCAAUGUGUAUUUCCAUGAAUACACCGCUUCUGAAGAACGUUAGGAGCGGUCUUAUCGAUCCUGCUACACCGAAGUCAGCUAUGACGAAGAGAUCAGCAGAUGGCUCCGAGUGGCAGCUUGUCUUUUCCGACGAAUUCAACGUCCCCGGAAGGACCUUUUACGAAGGCGAUGACGCCUUCUUUCAAGGCAUGGAUCUUUGGUAUGGAGUGACACAGGAUCUGGAGUGGUACGAUCCCGACGCAAUUACAACGAAUGACGGUGUGCUGGAAAUUCACUUUGAUAACUUCGACAACCACAACCUGGGCUUCCGAUCUGGCAUGCUACAGUCCUGGAAUCAAAUGUGUUUCACAGGAGGGCGACUAGAAGCUAGUAUAUCACUGCCUGGACAGGGAGAUAUCUCUGGUUUCUGGCCUGGUUUCUGGGCAAUGGGUAAUCUUGGAAGAGCGGGAUAUGCAGCAACAACAGAUGGGAUGUGGCCGUACAGCUAUGAUGAUAUCUGCGAUGCCGGCAUCACGGCGAAUCAGAGUUCCCCAGAUGGAAUGAGCUUUCUUCCUGGAAUGCGUCUGCCUGCCUGCACGUGUCCAGGAUCAGACCACCCAACACCGGGGAAGUCCAGAGGGGCUCCAGAAAUUGAUGUUAUUGAGGCUAGUGUUACGGUGCUUGACGAGCAGCAAGACCGGAUUGGUGUGGUAUCACAAAGUUUGCAGCUGGCGCCGUACGAUAUAUGGUAUAUGCCAGACUAUGAUUUUGCCGCUGUAUACAACCCCUCAAUUACAUCCAUCAAUACCUACAGAGGAGGACCCUACCAGCAAGUUGCAUCGGGGCUGACCAACCUCAACAAUGACUGGUAUGACGGCAAAGAGUAUCAAGUAUAUGCAUUCGAAUACGCACCCGGUGCGGCGGGAAACGUGACGUGGUUCGUGGGCAGCGAGAAGACCUGGACUAUUGACGCUCAGGCAGUUCGACCAAAUGGCAACAUCGGGCAGAGGGUGAUCCCCAUGGAACCGAUGUACCCCAUCAUCAACUUUGGUAUGUCGCCUUCGUUCGCCAUGCUCAACUGGACGGGUCUCGCCACGACGUGGCCAGCUACGAUGCGUGUGGACUAUAUUCGCAUUUAUCAGAAUCCCGACGAAGUCAGUGUCACUUGUGAUCCAGAAGGGUAUGCAACGACGGACUAUAUCAAGAAACAUCCAGAGCCAUAUCAUAACCCUAACUUGACUCAAUGGUCGGAGGCAUACGACUGGCCUAAAAAUUCUGGGAAUGGUCAAUACUAUACCGUUCAUUAUUUCGACUCCGACACGGACUCGGAUUCAUCCAUGUUCGCAUCCCUCAACACCAACCAGCACAAUGACAAUAACUAUAACAAUUACACCCACCACCACCACCACCACCAUCGCCACCACCACCAUCGCCACCGCAAUAACACCCAUAACAAUAAUAUCAACACCUCAAAAGACGCCACCCGCCGCGCCUCAACGCGCAUGCACUCGCGCGAAAUACGACAUACAGCGCACUGCAUCCUCGCGUCCAAGGAACUUCUUCUUCUGCACGCACUCGCAUCCAACGAGUCCGUGCCGCGCACGCGCCGGCGCUUCAUGGCCCAGGUGUUGGAACCGGAUGAUCCGGAGGCGGCGCUGGAUGUUGCUCUGGAUCAUGCUGCUGCUGUUACUGCCGGCGGCGGCAGUGGUGGUGGUGGUGGUGGUGGUGGAAGAGGUAGGACGCCAGCGAUUGGCGCGAUUCAAGGGACUGCGGUGGCGAGUAGGAGGAUGUUGAGGACGGGGAAUGUGGUGGAUGUGGUUGAGACGGAUGAUGCGAAGGGGUGGGAGCUGUGUCGAGGGUCGUCGUUGACGACGCCGCGGGCGGGGAAGAAGAAGUUGUACAAUGUUAAUGCUGGUUCGGCUCGGAAGAGGAGUCAGCAGCGGGUUGUUUCUGGAUCUGCGUCUGCGUCUCCGUCUAGAUCUGGGAUACGGGCUGCCUCUGGGGCGGUGGGUGGUUAUGGUAGCAGUAGUAGAGAUCGAGAUGAUGAUGUCGAAAUGGAGGGUAGCUAA